AUGACUGAUUACCAUUGCCGGCCUGAGGAAGUUGGCUCAAUUAUUUUUUUUCGACCUGGACAUUACUGGAUUUUUGGUUGGCUUCAACUUCUGCCAGUAAUUUCGUGUCAAGAUGCUUCUGACACCAUUCGGGCGGAUUCAGAAGCCUCGAGCUCCGCAGUUAUGUCUAUUCCGUCUUCAGAUCAAGGUCUGGCAAACACGAACGAUUGCACAUUUGCAAAUUUACCAGAUGAAGGCAGCAUUAUUUAUUCAGCACGUGGUAUCUACGUGCAUGUGCAAAGCAUGCCAACUGAUGCUAUUUUGAUGCCACCUUAG